CCACCGUUCACUUUGGUACGGUGGUUAUAAUUAUAAUACCCAUGCCAACACUACUACUUUGUGUGGCAUACCGACAAUCCCGAGAGGUCGGGAAUCAUGGGGACAACGGAGUCCCGGUUCUGGUCGAUAUCAAGGUCCCAGAAACAUUCUAAACCUCUCGAGGUUCAUUCAUGUCAAACCAACAACAAGGAUUAACUAUACCCCGUAUCAUUCGUCUAGGUGACCUGGAGCCUCGUUCUCCAUUUUUGACUGCCUGGGAGCGACACAGGCAUAAGAAAGCGCACUGGGUGGUGGAAUCCUUUGCGGAAUUUCUUGCUGUGUUCAUGUACACCUACGCAGGCGUCGGUUCACAGGUGCUCUAUAUCGCGCAAGGAAUCCUUCCUGCCCUCGGAACUGGCCUCAGUUCUAUUCAACAAAUCGGGUGGGCAUACGCGUUUGGUGUCGUUUUCGCCCUCGCCGUGUGCGCCCCUACCUCAGGUGGACACUUCAGUCCCUCCAUCACAAUUGUCUUUGUGCUCUUUAAAGGUUUCCCUGUACUGAAAGGCGCCAGAUACAUCGCUUCGCAGGUCCUCGGAUGUUACGUCGCCUGCUUGCUGAUAUACGUCCAAUACAAAGACCUACUUGACGAGUGCGAGGCAGCCCUCGUUCAGGCAGGCAAAGUCGACCUUCUCUUCACCCCGCUAGGACCUGCUGGUGCUUUUGGAAUAUAUCUCAUACCGGGAUCUUCGUUGGGGAGAGCGUUUUUAAACGAAUUUAUUACGGAUUUAAUGAUGGGAAUGGUUAUUUUCGGCUGUGUCGACCCCACCAGUGUCUUUGUUCCUCCUGUUCUACUCCCGUUCGUCGUGGCGAUGGCUUACGCUACUGCUAUUUGGGGAUACUCAGUGCCCGGUCUGGCUGCCAACACCGCUCGCGACGUGGGAGGAAGGCUCGCGGCAAUGACGAUCUGGGGUUUUCAAGCUCACGGAGGCGCGUACGGUGCAAUAACAGCUCUCACAAACAUUCCGGCAACGCUGCUCGCGGCCUUACUAUAUCAGAUUUUUAUGGUUGAUUCCGCUCGAGUGGUCCCUCAAGCUCACCUGGAAAAUAUCGAUAUUCAUCGAUAUCACGGGAACAACCCUGGGAACGAACUUGAUGACCGUAAUUCAGCAAUUUCCAACAGUGUAGAAAAAGUUGACGUGGACACGUCUCUGCAGUAAAACAGAUAGUUCUCGCUGACCCCGUUCCAUCAUGCCAUACUUUUUUUUCUCACCUAACAGAAGUUCCAGAUACUCAAGUAUUUAGUGAGCACAAUGCUGUAGGAUCUACUCUCUGUCCUGAAUAGUAGAACCACAUAAUUUGUCAAUUCUUGGUUUUUUUCGCAUG